AGUUACAUGACACAAUUCUCAGCGAAACUAUUUACUCCGCGUAUACAUACUAUUUGAAAAACAAUGAAAAUCGCGGAUAAUUCUCAAUAGCAAUUUUAGGAAAAUCACUAAAAACAAUCGCGAGAUUUGUUGUGACUGAAUAAUAAUGCACAAUAGAGAUAUAUUUGAGGAUUUCUUUCACGGAAAAUGUACAGGAAAAGUCGUCACAGAGAUUCGGGUUAAAAAUUUUUCGGAAAUUUUCGCGGACUUCUUAUAUGCCGCAAUGUUUUGCUAUGAAGUGUGAUUUAGUGUUUUAAUAUAAUCUUAGAAGUUUUUCGACAGACCAACGACAUGCCAGGGGGAAGAAGGGGGCUUGUUGCUCCGCAAAAUACAUUUCUAGAAAAUAUAAUACGAAGAUCAAACUCACAACCGGAUAGUAGUUUUUUAUUGGCGAACGCGCAAAUAGUGGAUUAUCCAAUUGUCUAUUGCAACGAGUCCUUCUGCAAAAUAUCCGGUUACAAUAGGGCGGAAGUGAUGCAGAAGUCUUGCAGAUGUGCCUUCAUGUUUGGUGAACUGACCGAUAAAGAGACAAUCAGCAGAGUGGAUCACGUGCUCGAGCACCAGCUUUACGAUCAGUUCGAAAUACUUUUGUACAAGAAAAAUAGUAAGUAUUCCAUGUUAUAAGCUUAAACUCCUAUUUUCAGAUAUUAUGAUUCAUUUGUUAUUUCUUAUGUAAAUGGAGCUUAAUUCUUAAUUAAUGUCUAUGGGCUGUUAUAGCAGCUUUAAGCUUUUUAUCGUACACUAUAAUAAUUGUUUGUUCAUAAAUGUGAGGUUGAGAAUGUGUGUGAAAAAUGCUGAACGUCUUUUUGUAUAAAUUUCUUGAUCACUAUUUGAAUAUUUAUCGAUAAUUCUAGCAAUUUCAUAACACCUCAAUAAUUUCAUAGAUCUUUUUGGAAAACUGAACCAGUUUCUUCAGAUUCCGGAUAUUGUUCAGACGCACGAGUAAGAUUUUCGUGGCGACUGUAUUUGACUAUGCUAUUUUGUGAAUCUACCCAAAAUAAGUCGAAAAUGCGGGAUAAAAUUUUUCGAUAUCUCGCUUCGUUUUCGAGAUAUCGAUACUUGUAGCUGGAAAAAUCUAUUUAUUAUUAUUUGUAUUUGUUACAAACUGUUUAUAAAAUGUCUAGUAUAUUUAGAUACGGCCCAACUGCACCUACGCCAUAUGUAUAUUUCUAAGAUAUUUAAACACAUUUUUUUAUUUAUUUAUUAUAGAAAUGAGUUAUACAUAGACAUACUACUUAACCUAACCUAAAUAACUAACUUUUGAAAGCAUUCAGAUCGUACUUUUUGCUCAAAAUAGGAUAUUUUUACAUUAUUUUUUUUUAUUUUAUGAGUAAUGAAAAACAACCGACAAUUCUUUAUGAAAAACAUCAAAUUACUCAUGUAUUCAUCGUAUGUUAAGUUAUAUUCAUCACAGAGUGAUGAAAGUUAUCAAAAAUGGCUCAUUUUGAUAUAAAAAUCUGUUUUUUUCAAUAUAAUUUUGGAUUAUUAGGGUAAAUAACAUGAAAAUUAAAUAAAAAAUCUUUUGUUUAUUAAAUUACAAGAUUGAUAUUGAAUUUGAAGUGAUAAAAUAUUCAUUUUAAAGCGAAUUUUAAACUGACGUUUGAUUAUAACUUCAAGUAUCGAUAUCUCGAAAAUGAAUCGAGGUAUCAAAAAAUUUUAUUCUUCAUUUUCGAUUUAUUUUGGCCUAAUUAAGCUAAAUCACGACGCCACAGAAAUCGUACUCUUCCCGAUUAAAACAAUGUUUUGAUUACUCCAUUGACUGUCCGUAAUUUUUGACAAUUUUCAAGGAAAUUGGAGUAUUUCCACAUUAUAAACACAAAAUACAUAUUUCAUCUUGUAUAACUACGCAAAAA